AUGGACCGUACCAAGACGAAGGGAGGAAAGCCUGCGAAGUUGUGUUGGAAAAAUUUUCCACUCCAGUCACGCCGCUUCCCCCUACACCCGGAAGAUUGGCCCUCCCAGAGGAACUCCCACACGGGGCGGGGCUGGGUAGGGGAGUGGGAGUUGCGUAGAGGGAGGGAGUGCUGGUCACGUGGCAAGAGGCUGCGCAGGCUCCUUCCGGCCCUCGGGGCUUCGGCGGCGGCGGCCAGCGAGGCGCCUGGGCGCAUGCGCAGCGAGGUUCCACGUGAGCGCCUGCGUUUCUCCUCAAACCUAACGAUGCCGCAGGAACGGAGGAGACCAAUGAAACUGGACCGGAGAACCCGAGCGAAGCCGAAGCGGAAGCCCGGAAUGAGGCCGGACUGGAAAUUCGGAGCGGCGCCAGGCGGGCCUCCCCAAAAGCCUGCCCCUUCAUCCCAGCGGAAACCGCCGGCCCGGCCAAGCGCGGCGGCCGCUGCGAUUGCAGUCGCGGCGGCGGAGGAGGAGAGACGGCUCUGGCAGCGGAACCGCCUGACGCUGGAGGAGGACAAACCGGCCGUGGAGCGGUGCUUGGAGGAGCUGGUCUUCGGCGACGUCGAGAACGACGAGGACGCGUUGCUGCGGCGUCUGCGGGGCCCGAAGAAGGAUGUGCCCUCUGAGCAGACAAAACACAAGAGCUACCCCGUCUUCGGAGCUGAUGCUGCUUCUCUUAGGGUUAAAGGAUAACUUCCAAAGGAGAUUGUAAAUUAUUGGAGAGACUUCGUUAUAAGAGUAAGUUAUAUGAGAAAUGGUGCUGGAGGAAUUGUUUAACACUGAAAUCGGUUUUCAACUGUUCUUAAUUUAUCAUUUAUAUUGCGCUUAAUUCCAAAAAGGAUCAGAGGUUGAGUACAAUAAAGAAUACCGAUUUAAAAGA